GGUUCCUGGAGCAGGGCAGUGAUGGGGAGGAAGAUGGGAAGGGUGAUUAUUGUAGUAAGUCUGGUACCAUGGACAGGACAGUGAUGGGGAGGAAGAUGGGAAGGGUGAUUACUGUAGUAAGUCUGGUACCAUGGACCACAGGUUCCUGGGGCAGGACAGUGAUGGGGAGGAAGAUGGGAAGGGUGAUUACUGUAGUAAGUCUGGUACCAUGGACAGGGCAGUGAUGGGGAGGAAGAUGGGAAGGGUGAUUACUGUAGUAAGUCUGGUACCAUGGACCGCUGGUUCCUGGGGCAGGACAGUGAUGGGGAGGAAGAUGGGAAGGGUGAUUACUGUAGUAAGUCUGGUACCAUGGACCACAGGUUCCUGGGGCAGGACAGUGAUGGGGAGGAAGAUGGGAAGGGUGAUUACUGUGACAUGACGAGGACACCAGCCUGUGCUGAGGGGACAGGUGGAGAUGGUGAGAUGGAAGCAGAGAGACAGAAAUCCUUGGAAAUCCUGAGGAAGGUAGUUGGCACCAGGGCUGCCAUGACGACAGAGAAGGGCAAGAACAUUGACAAGCUCAAGUUCAAUGAUCCUUCUGCAGUGCGCUACGACCCAACACGAGAGGACCACAAGCAGUUUGAGAUACCUGAUGAGAAUGUAAGCCAGAAAGAUGCGGAAGAAAGUGAGCAGGCAGCCCAGACCCCCCCACAGGUGGAGACAGUCCCCGACACCUCAGCAGACAGGUACUUCCAGGUGGCGUCAGAUCUGAAGGAAGUAUUCAGCACAGCUGAGGGACAGGCCUUUUCAUUUUUUGGGUCAAUCUCUGCAGAGACUGUAGAAGACACUGAAGAAGACAGGACCUCUGAAAGAACCCAGACAACACCUAAGAAAAUGCCAUGGCAACCCAAAGUUUUCCAGUAUGACAGCAGUGAUGAAGAUGAAGAGAUCAUGAUCACCCAGGAAGACCUUAAAACAAUACCUGAGAGGGUGGAAGAACCAAACAGAAGAAAUUCCUUUUUCUUCACUGAAAGUGAUGCAAGACUGAAAGAAGGUGUAUUGCAGUUCUAUAGGAGAGACAGGUUGGAGGACAUCAGGAAGGCCUGGGAGGAGGUCCGACCUGAGCUGUUAGAGGAGUCCAAGAAGAGGCACAAGAAUGCUGUACGACAGAAGAAGAAGAACCAGAGGAACAGACAGAGACAUAAGUACAAGUAAACAUAGCCUGGUAGGACAAUAAACAAAAAUUAUUCCCCUAAGAAUUAUCAUGGGUUUAUAGAAUAUUGCUGCCACUUGUCAGAUACACUGGUACUGUCAGACAAUAUUUUCCAUCAGAAUGAAUGAUGGAACAGACCCAAGUGUCCUGUUAUGGUGAUAAUGGUCAUGUGUUAAAUGUCAUCUUGUGUAAUCCAUGUGGAAAUGAAUCACUAACAUGGGGCUUAUAUAUCAACCUGUUCUGGAGACUUCUUUGUACAGAGGAAUGCGACAAAAGACAGACUAACAUGUAGGAUUGGAGCAAGGCACUGUCUUAUAUAAAUGAAUGAACUUUAUCGUACAUCUAUACUCAUACAGGCUAAGUACAGGAUCAUAGUGAUUGAGGAGAAUUGUAAUUUGAUAUACAUGUACAGUGUAAUAAAAUGUGAUAUAUUCAGCUACAAUUGCAAUUGAUCAGGUAUGAUUGUACAGGCUUUAAGUUAAUUGUACAGGAGCAUUAGUUUUCUACAAGUCCAGUUAAUGUUUGAACUAUUCAUUCAAUAAAGAUACAUCUUCCUGUCAUCAUUGAAGACCACAGGAUUAGUUGGUCAAAUUGUCUGGUACAGGUCUGCAUCUUGGUGGGAUGUUAAUAUGUGAAAUAAGGGUAGUUUAGGGGGUAUGGUGGGAAAAUCUCUAUAUUUGUUGAAUUAGUUUUUAAAAAAAAAUUUUCCACCAUCUUAUGGUUUUUCGUACCCCCGUGAGAUAGUGGAAUCAUCGCCAGCUGACUGUUUUGAGCCUGCAGGACCCAAAAAGUGUAACUUAAGUUUAACUGAGAAAAAUGUAACUUCAACUGAUAGAUAUAUUAUAUUGGGAAGUAUUAAGUAGAUUAGAAUCCAUGUACUCAGUUCAGUCUUGGAGAGAAGAGAAAAUACAAGCAUCUUCAAAUGUG